AUGAAUAUUAACGAACAAUCUGACGGUGAACGUGAUGAGCAAUCGGAAGCCAGUGGGGAGGGACAAGAUGUGGUAGAAACUGAUAAUCAAACGGGUGGAUCAAAAAGUCGCUACCCAGACCGACAUGGCAUUGGAAAUGUAGAGCCAGAGAACGAUAUUCAAGGUGAUUAUAAAUUGCUGUACGGAAAUGAGAUAAAUGGUUUAACGAUAAUUGGAUACCAGCGUAAACUUUUAACCUGCGACAAGGAUGACUACGAUAUAACUAGUGAUACUGUGAGAGUGAUUUGGUCUUAUCAUCCCGAAGACCCCGAAGGCAUGAUGGCAACAUACCACGGUCCACGACGGCGAGGUGUAAGACCGAUCAUAUUCUUAGAUAUAAGACCUUCAAAUCUAAAAUCUUUACCAGACGAUGUAAAAGCAUUUGAUAUAUUAAGCGACAAUCCUAUCGUACGAAGUGACAAGGCAACUAUCUACUGGUGCACUCAUAUAGAACUACCAGCGCUGCUAACACCACAUCAUAUCAUAAGGAUUGAACCUAUAGUCCAGCCAGGAAACGAGGGCGUUGUUCAUCAUUUGAUUCUAAGUUCGUGCUAUGGACUGCAAAACAUCAAUGGAAGUAACAGUUUGAACUGCGAAAGUAAUCUUAUGUAUCAGUUCAGGUUCUGUUCUCAAACAAUGUAUGCAUGGGCAGUUGGAGGUGGUCCAUUAGAUUUUCCAGAGCAUGUGGGAUUUCGGAUUGGUGUGGAUGAUGUAAGGUACUUACAACUCACAGUACACUACGAUAACCAACAGUUGAUUAAAGGUAUUCAUGACAGAUCUGGUGUACGUAUUUACUACACCCCAGAGCUUCGACAAUAUGAUUCAAGUGUACUGAUGAUAGGUAUUCCGUCAUUUCGCUUGUAUGUGAUACCACCAAAAGAAAAUUCAUUUAAAGUGUACGGUUCGUGUGAUAAGCAAUGUUCAAAUAAGAUACUUACAGAAGGUGAUAUGAAAGUAUUUUCAGUUUUACUUCAUGCACAUUUAGCAGGAACUGGUAUGCGGUUAACACACUUUCGGAAUAGCGAAUACAUCGGAGAAAUUACGCGAGAUAGAGCAUAUGACUUCAAUUUACAAGAAGAAAGAAGGCUAAAAAAUCAAUGGAUAGUCAAACCCGGAGAUGACCUACUUCUAGAAUGCACAUACAAUACUAUGGAUAGAGAAACAGUUACAUAUGGAGGCCUUGCAACUACAGAUGAAAUGUGUUUGGCUUUCUUAUCCUACUAUCCUAAAGCGAAUGCUGGAGAAUGUUUCAACACUCCUAAUCCGAAUAACCUAGAAAAACUUCUUAACUUGGAUAAUAUAAAAAACAACACUUUACGUCAAGCUAUUGAUGAUAUGGAGUGGACUGAUGAAAAAAAAGAUGCUGUCCGUCAGUAGCACAAAUCACUCUUCACAUUCUGUUUUUCCAGAAUAUACUUUACUUCC